AUGAACCGGCAGCUAGUGAACAUUUUGACAGCCUUGUUUGCAUUUUUCUUAGAGACAAACCACUUCAGGACGGCUUUCUGCAAAGACCAUGACUCCAGGUCUGGAAAACAACCUUCACAGACCCUAUCGCCUUCAGAUUUCUUGGACAAAUUAAUGGGAAGGACAUCAGGAUAUGAUGCAAGAAUCAGGCCCAAUUUUAAAGGUCCUCCAGUAAACGUUACUUGCAAUAUUUUUAUCAACAGUUUUGGAUCGGUCACAGAAACUACCAUGGACUACCGAGUGAAUAUUUUUCUGAGACAACAGUGGAAUGAUUCACGGCUGGCAUAUAGCGAGUAUCCUGAUGAUUCCCUGGACUUGGACCCAUCCAUGCUGGACUCCAUUUGGAAACCAGAUUUAUUCUUUGCCAAUGAGAAGGGUGCCAACUUCCAUGAUGUCACCACUGACAACAAAUUGCUUCGAAUUUCAAAAAAUGGCAAAGUACUCUACAGUAUCAGACUCACCUUGACCCUAUCCUGUCCCAUGGACUUGAAGAAUUUUCCAAUGGAUGUCCAGACGUGUACAAUGCAGCUGGAGAGUUUUGGGUACACGAUGAAUGACCUGAUAUUUGAGUGGUUAAGCGAUGGUCCAGUUCAAGUUGCUGAAGGACUGACCCUGCCUCAGUUUAUUUUGAAAGAAGAGAAGGAACUUGGCUACUGCACAAAGCACUACAACACUGGAAAGUUUACCUGCAUCGAGGUUAAAUUUCACCUGGAACGCCAGAUGGGGUAUUAUUUGAUCCAGAUGUACAUCCCCAGUCUGUUGAUAGUCAUUUUGUCCUGGGUCUCCUUUUGGAUAAACAUGGAUGCAGCCCCUGCUAGGGUCGCACUGGGCAUCACCACCGUCUUGACGAUGACCACCCAGAGUUCAGGUUCCAGGGCAUCUCUGCCAAAGGUCUCCUAUGUCAAAGCGAUUGACAUCUGGAUGGCGGUGUGCCUUCUGUUUGUGUUUGCUGCCUUAUUGGAAUAUGCAGCAGUGAACUUUGUCUCCAGGCAACACAAGGAGUUCCUGCGGCUCCGGAGAAGACAGAAGAGGCAGAAUAAGGAAGAAGAUGUUACUCGUGAAAGUCGUUUUAAUUUCAGUGGUUAUGGGAUGGGUCACUGCCUCCAAGUGAAAGAUGGAACAGCUGUCAAGGCCACACCUGCCAACCCGCUCCCACAACCCCCAAAAGAUGCAGAUGCCAUCAAGAAGAAGUUUGUGGACCGGGCAAAAAGGAUUGACACGAUAUCUCGAGCUGCCUUCCCAUUGGCCUUCCUUAUUUUCAACAUCUUUUACUGGAUCACAUACAAGAUCAUUCGGCAUGAAGAUGUCCACAAGAAAUAG